CUGGUCCCAUCCAGCACAUAAACUGAAUCUUCCACCUGCAGUGCUGCAUUCCUGCUUUAGAAAUCCUGGGGCCUUUAAUCCCAGGGAUCAGAAGAAGCCUUCAUUGGGAAAUGGGCAUGGAACAAACCGGGAAAUGAAAAGGCAGCAGUGCAGGAAAUGAAAGCACAGCCCAUAUCAUCAGCUGUGCUGGUUUGCAUGUAAGAUGAGCUUGUGGGGAAAUUGUUACCUCUGGAAAGGCUGCCCCUGGUCCUGAGGCAGUGAAGGGUAGGUAUAAAAGGCAGCCCCAGUCCCUGCUCUCUCAUCCACUUCUCUUGCCUCCUUCUGCUUGGGAACCAGGUGAGUGUGAAGUCCCUUCUCCUCCUCUUCCAAACAGAGGUCUCCAUCACUUGAUGGACAUCUCAGCUGAUUUUGGCUUUCUCAUAUUUGGGGUUUGGAGUGCUUUUUCAUGAGAGAUGAAAGCGGGGAGGAGGUUGGCACAGAGAGAGACUGAGUGAGACACGACUGUGGUGGCUUUUGGUUUUUGCACCAGAAGAGAGCUUUGCUUCCUUGGGCCAGGCUCUUAGUAGCGCCCUGGCCAGAUGAGGCGAUGAAGACUGUGUGGCUGCUGGCACAGUCUCCAGCAUCCACUCAUGGAUGGCCUUUGCAGUUUUGUGAUGGGAUAACCAGGCUGCUCUUCACCCAUCCACCCUUGUGCUCUGUUUGCUCUCUGUCCUGUGUGCCAGGUGCAGCUCCAAGCUCAAGACAUGUCCUGCUACACCCCGUGCCGGCCCUGCCAGCCCUGCGGCCCGACCCCGCUGGCCAACAGCUGCAAUGAGCCCUGUGUCAGGCAGUGCCAGGACUCCACCGUGGUCAUCCAGCCCUCCCCCGUGGUGGUGACCCUGCCCGGGCCCAUCCUCAGCUCCUUCCCACAGAACACCGUGGUGGGAUCCUCCACCUCCGCUGCCGUUGGCAGCAUCCUCAGCUGUGACGGAGUGCCCAUCAACUCCGGGGGCUUUGACCUCUCCUGCAUCACCAGGCGCUAUGGUGGCAGGAGGGGCCUCCCCUGCUAAAGAUACUGGGAAAGCCCUGAUGAGAUAUCUUGAGAAAUUCAGAACAUGGUGUCAGGCAGAGGAUCUAGGCUUUGGGUGCUGUUUGCAGGAUAGCUGACCGAACUUGCCUUUCUCUCCCUUUUCAUUGUUUG